AUGGGCAUGUUUCCAGCCAUUGAUAGGGCUUGGAUCACGGUUGAUAAUAGACUGUAUUUGUGGAACUAUAAGAAUGGCAAUGAUUUCAGCACUUUUGAUGAGCUCGAUCAUACGAUUUUCUCCGUCAAUCUAGUCAAACCUAAGCCAGGAGUGUUUGUAGACUCUAUUAAUUAUCUGCUUGUUCUGUGUACCCCAGUCGAGCUGUAUAUUCUCGGUGUACAGUAUGAUAAAGUCAAGAGCAGCAUUGAAUUCCAUUAUAGUGGUAUUAAUGUUUCGAUAAGUGGAUUGGAUGUGGACACACUUGUAGCGAGUGAAAAAUCAGGCAGGAUCUUUUUCAGUGGCGCUAAUGAUGGGGUCAACUUGUGGGAGGUGGUAUAUACAAAUGAGGAUACGUGGUUUAAAGGCAAAUGUUCUAAGAUUUGUCACACGAGAUCUGGUCUUGUAUCAGCAUUGACUCCUAGUUUCUCACUUCCAUCGGUCCCAUUUUUGCCUGUUGAUGGCUCGAAAAUCAUGGGUUCUCUUGGUUUAGGCAGCCAUGCUGCUCCUGAAACAAUCAUCAGCAUGCAAAUCGAUGAUACCCGAGACCUUUUAUACACACUUUCGUCAACAUCCACUAUUCGUAUUUAUCAUAUUCCUAAGGGAAAUACUGCUAAUCUUGCAUUGACUUAUACUCUACCACAGAUUCUGUCGAAUUUCCAGAUGGCCAGCGCCAGCUCUGAGACUAGAAACGCUGCUGCUUCAAAGACACUGAAGAUUGUCUCGUUACAGGUAGUCAAGACGUAUCAGAGUGCACAAUUCCAUUUAGUGGCUAUCACUUCUGGAGGCUUCCGACUUUACAUCAAAGCAGGUCGCCAGUACGGAGUCAGUGUUGGAGAUAAACCACCAAAUACUAUUCAAGUCGUGGGUUAUAGACCACCUCCAGUGGGUGAACCAGUUGUGAAUCCGGAUGGCACACUUAGCAAACCAAUUCCUGUUCUGAACACAGCUAAACCUCAAUCUAAAAUCUUUGAACCCGCACAUUUCUUCUGUGUGGUUCCUGAUGAAGCCAACUCGGGUGGAGACAAAAUCUUUGUUUCGUCUCUUGAUUCGGGUCGAGUUAUUCACAUUCUGAACCAGCCGAACUCAGUUCCUACGUAUAGUGAGAAUGCCUGUUUCUUGGAAGUUGAGGGCUUUGUUCAAAGUGUCGAAUUGUUAACACCUCCAUUCCGUCCCAGUGCAAAGCCUGAGGGGUUCCUUAAUGAAUGUGCUGCUCAGUAUAGUCUUCCACCUCCUCAGGUAGCAGUGCUUACGAACACCGGUAUCUAUGUCUUUACUCGUAGACUGCCGUACCAGAUUUGUGAGAACCUGCUUGGAUCAGAUGAUAUCAAGUCGUUUUUCGAUGCAUAUGGAAGAACCGAGACAUGUGCUAGCGCUUUGAGCGUUGCAUCGAAGUCUAUCACUGGCUCGUCGUCAUCUUCUUCUGCUCAAGCUUAUGCCAGCAGGGAGAUGGCAACCAAGAUUUAUAUUGAAAUUGGUGGUAGAGCUCAUCUCCGCUACGAUGAUGAAAGUACUUAUGCUUUGGUUCGUUCGGCUAAUAAUACUGGCAGCGAAACUAUCCGACUCAGUGGAAGAUUCGAUGGUUUGGCUACUUAUGUGUCACGUACCAUUCGAGAUUUGUGGGAGGCUAAUGUUUUUAAAUCAACCAAGGGAGCUGGUGCUGUCACAUUUUCUCUUGGCAGUCCUCGAAAGUCGCUAGAGUCUGUACAGUUGACACUCAUGGAAAUCGCCGAGUUUUUGGAGCGAAACCAUGCUUUUAUCGAAGGAUUGUCGGGUAUUCCAGAUGGGUUUAUUGAUGCCGGUCUGUCGUCGCGAGCCGAAGAGAUCUCCUUACAAGCCGAGCACCGUGGACUUGAUUCGUUGGUUAAACUUAUCAAGUCGUGUCGUGAAGGUUUGGCCUUUUUGCUUUUAUUACAUGACGAAACGGCACAUGCUUCUGAUGGUUUGGAGGCUGUCAUGUCGUACUUACCCAAAGAACUUCGUGAAAAGGUUGAAGAGCUUACAUUCAAGCAUUUCUUCACCACUGCUGAUGGAACAGAGCUUGCCAAGGAACUUGUGACCUGUCUAGUUAACAGAAGCAUUAGUAAGGGUGAAUCUGUGGACUCGAUCUCUCGAGUCCUUCAGGAUCGCUGUGAAAGCUACUGUUCUAGUAGCGAUGUCAUUAUUUAUAAAGCUUUGGAGGAUCUUCGAAAGGCCAAGUCUCUUGCUGAAGGAGACCCCGAGCUUCGUAUACAAAGUCUGUACGACAGUGUCAAGAUGUUCAAAAAGGCUGCUGCCAGUAUUCAGCUUGACAGUUUGAAGGAAGCUAUUAGUGAGUAUGUGGGAUUGAAGUAUUAUUCUGGUGCUAUUGAGGUUGCUCUUUCAGUGGCUUUUGUUGGUGACAAGGGUAAUCUUGCUCUUGGAUACUUGCACGAUGGUAAAGUUGAAGGAGAUCCUCGUCAAGUUGCCUAUGAUGCUCGGGUCAAGGUGUACAACUUGAUAUUUGAAGUACUUGAUAUUGUUGAUGAAAAAGCUCAACUUUCGACCGAAUCGGCUGUUCCUGGAGUUAAUAGUUUAUCCGACGAUGAAAAAGCCCGCCAAGAAGCCUACAAUAUCUGUUUCGAGGCGCAAGAUGAAGUAUUCCACUUUUGUUUCUAUGACUGGUUCGUCUAUAGAGGUGUCGAAAGUAGACUCCUGGCUGUCAAUACCCCAUAUAUUCUCCCCUAUCUCGUGGCCAAUGCUAAAACCAAUCUGACCAUUGCAGACUUGCUGUGGGUUUACUAUCAAAAGAGAGGUGACAACUACGCUGCCGCUCAGGUGCUCUUUAGUCUUGCCAAGAGUGAUUUUGAUAUUGCUCUCGGUAGUCGUCUAGAAUUCCUGUCUCGAGCCAGAGGUUAUUGCAAUGCCGAUGGUCCACCAGGCCUACGUUCUGCUAUGACACAACUGGGCAGUUCAAUCCAAGAGCAUCUCGACAUUGCCAGUAUCCAAGAUGAUAUUCUUCAAGCUGUUAGAGAAGAUAUUCGAUUUAUUCCCGAAAAGAGAGACGAAGCUGUUGCCGUGUUGAAUGGUCAGUUGUUGAAUGUGAGUCAGCUCUAUAAUGACUACGCAUAUCCUCUUGGCUACCACGAGAUCUGUCUGGUAAUUUACCAAGUCACUGAUUACAGAGGCCAUGAUGAGAUCACCAAGAGCUGGCAGAAACUUAUCAAUUCAUCGACUGAAAGCGAUGAUGAGCUAAGCAACUAUGAACAUGUAUCUUCAGUCGUCCAGAGACUUGGUCAACAAUUCAUGAAUGCCGAAUUUGUAUUCCCCACCGACGUCCUUGUACCCAUGCUCGAGACCUUCUCACUCGAGCGAGCUCCUAAUGCUCCCCGUGGUUGGGUCAUCGACACUUUCCUCAACGCUGGUGUCAGCAGCGAGACAAUCUAUGCCCUCCUGAGCGAUCUAUUAGAACGCAAGGAAGCUCCUUUUGACGACAAAUAUGGCUACGAGAAACUGGCCAUGGACCUUGCCUACCUGCUAACCCGCUGGUCUUCGGAAUCCCGCGGCAGAACCAUCUCACACAUUGUCAGUCGCGACGACAUCGAAAAACUGCGCACUGUCAUCCCACAAAAAGAAUACGCCGAAAUCCUCAGACGGAUGCGCUAA